CUCUGACGGGAGGGUGGGUCGGAGGCCCCAGCCCGGCCAGGUCGCGCCGCGGAGGUCACGCACACCUGCAGGGACCGGGGGCCGCUUCCGCGGCGAAGCCUGUGACUCACCCGCCCGCUCGCAGCGCCGGUCCAGCCCGUCCGCCCCGUCCCUCCCGUCGGCCGAGGCCCGCGCGGCCCGGCCCCCGCCGCGCGCGGAGCAGCCCCCGGGGGCGAGGGGCGGCGCUAAGGGGCGGGGCUGCCGCUUAAAGGGCCCCUGACCGCUGCCCUCAGGCCACUUCCUGGGGGUGGCGAGGACCUCGGCGGCGUCUGCGGCCAGCCGGACGGCGGAACCGCCCGAGUCCCGAGACCCUGCUCGCUCCCGACGGCGUGUCGGGGCCCUCAGCGCCGGCUGCGCGAGCGCCGUCUCCCCGGCGCACGGAACGGCUCGCCCCCGCCCCUCCGCGGCGCCUCCAUCUUCCGGGUCCCGCGCCCCUAGCCCCGCCGCCCUCUGGGCAGGUCCGCGGAACCCGGCGUGGACCCUCCCACCGCGGACGCUCUCUGCUCAGAACCCCAGGAGCCGGGCGCUCCGCGGCCGCCCUGCUCGCCACCGUCACCUGCUGGCUGAGCUCCGGAAGCCACUGGGGGAGUCGCUGACCUCGCCGAGCCGCGGCCGUCUGCGCCGGGAGCCCCGCCCCGCCCCGCCCCGCCCCGCCGCCUUCUGUCCGUCCGCUCUCCCAUCCUUUCGGGGGCUCUGUACCCCAAAGCCCCCAGCUGCCAGCGGAGUAGCUGGGGUGAGCUACAGCCUUCGCUGUCUUGUUCUCCAACGUCGCGGGGCUGAACGCUGCCAUCCAGCUCCUCCCCAAAUCAGGGGAUCCCGCCUUCUCCCUGCCCGUCUCCUGUAAGCCCCCAAAAUUUCCCCCCCUCCCGUGUCCUCCUCACCCCCUUCCUUUGGGGGGCCCGUGACCCUAAAUGUGGGGGGCACACUGUACUCCACUACGCUGGAGACCCUGACGCGCUUCCCAGACUCCAUGCUGGGGGCCAUGUUCAGGGCCGACACCCUCCUGCCAGCCAGCCUCAACCCGCGAGGAGACGGCCACUACUUCAUAGACAGGGAUGGCAAGGCUUUCCGGCACGUCCUCAAUUUCCUGCGGCUGGGCCGGCUGGACCUGCCCAGGGGGUACGGGGAAACCGCACUUCUCAAAGCCGAGGCCGACUUCUACCAGAUCCGGCCCCUCCUGGACGCCCUGCGGGAGCUGGAGGCCUCCCGGGGCCCGCCUGCACCCACGGCCGCCCUGCUCCACGCGGAUGUGGACGUCAGCCCCCGCCGGGUGCACUUCUCAGCCCGAAGGGGCCCCCACCACUACGAGCUGAGCUCCGUGCGCGUGGACACCUUCCGAGCCAACCUCUUCUGCACGGACGCCGAGUGUCUGGGCGCCAUGCGAGACCGCUUUGGCGUGGCCAGUGGGGACCGGGCAGAGGGGGGCCCGCAUUUCCGUCUGGAGUGGGCCUCCCGCCCCCAGGAACUCCCUGAAGCCGAGUAUGAGAGACUGGGGCUGCGACCUCUGUGGACCGGCGGGCCGGAAGGUCGCCGCGAGGUGGUGAGCGCGCCUGCCUUCCUGGAGGAGGUGCUGCGCGUGGCCCUGGAACACGGCUUCCGCCUGGACUCUGUCUUCCCAGACCCCGAAGACCUUCUCAACUCCAGGUCUCUGCGCUUUGUCCGCCACUGAGGACGCUUCAUUGCCCUUCACUUGACUGCGGAGAGGGUGGGAACACCUCUCCCCAAACCUCUUUCUGGUCCUGGGGUAGGGGCUGUGAGAGUCAGGGUCCCAGCACACCUGACUGGACCUUAAGAUGUCGGCUGGGACUCCCCAAUCUGGCGGCCUCCACCCCGGGGACUCACCAAUGAUCCAGACCUACACUGGGGCUUAUCCUGGGAAAGCAUCGUGGCUUCUCUAGCUUGUGCGUGCUUGAGGAUGAGGCCUCAGUGUUUGCCCAGGCUAGACCGAGCAGAACUCUGGAGGGAUGAACACGAGGGUGAAGGACAUUGAAUUACCAAAUGUGACCUCUCCCCUAGAUGGUGCCUUCCCCUGCUGGAGCUGGCAUCUUAUCCGACUGUGACCAUUAGGAGGCCAGGGCACGCUGGGAGGUGCCUUUACCGUGUCCCAAGCCGCCUACUGUUGGGAGAGUGAAAGGAGACGCCUAUCCUAGGCUGAUAGGAGCUAGGAGAGCAGCAGUUUGGGGGCUAGCGCCCCCUUCUGGAAUGCCAAGUGUUCUAGAGGAGGCUGUGCAGGUGGAGCUUGGGCCUGGGGAAGAUGGUGGCAUUUUCACGUGUGUGUGUGUGUGUGUGUGUGUGUGUGUGUGUGCAUGCCAGCUGACGUGGCUGGCACCUUGGUUCAUUAGCGUUGCUGACUCCUGUGUUUAUGUGAUGCUCCUGUGAUCUUGGCGUGUCCGGGCCUGUUUGGAGUUGCUUAGCAACUCUUUGGGCUCAGGUAUAUCUGUGGUAUGUGUGAGAGCAGAUUGAGAUUUAGUUUAAUCAUAGGGUGUGUGUGUGUUUGCGUGUGUGUGUGUGUGUGUGUGCGCCCGUGUGCCCUCACCGCCACGUAGGCAGGAAGGCCUUGUCCGAGUUCAUGUCACUAGGCUCUUCCUAUGCGAGUGAAGCACGCUGGGCUUAGCUGGCCCCGGAGACCUCUCCGAGCUCUCGGUUGCUGAGACAACCAUGAGCCUGUUGCUAGGAAAUAGCUGAGGAAGGCCUAGCGCUGUCCUGGGCAGAGAGGAGGUGGAGAGGCUUGGGCGAGCGGGGGAGGACAUGGGAAGGGGCAGCAUUUCUUCAUCCCGGGCGGAGGAAUGCACGUGUCUGCACUGGGCGGAGCCGUUCAUCGGUCACUGGGACUUAAAGGAGGAAAAUAAAACUGCUUUCAGACCCACAGAA